AUGAGUUCAACAGCUGUCAGUGUCAAUGCCGCGGUGUCGCAAACCUGCCCAGGAGGCGAGAUUUGCUAUUCGUUGAAUAUUCCGGACGAGACUGCCUCUUCUGGAUCUGGAGACAUCUUCUUCCAGAUCACGGCUCCAACGACGCAUCAAUGGGUUGCUCUCGGACAGGGCAGCCAAAUGGCUGGCUCAAACAUUUUCGUCAUGUACGCUUCCGCCAACGGUCAGAACGUCACGCCCGAGCACGACAGCAGUGAUACCGCACAGAUCACAGUGCUUGAAGGCUCGGGUGUCACCAACGGCACCAUGACCGCAAACGUUCGAUGCAGCAACUGCAAUAGUUGGAAUGGCGGAAGCAUGGACUUUCGAAGCUCGAAUGGACAAUGGAUCUAUGCUGCGAAGAGCGGAUCUCCGCUUGAAUCAGAUGAUCUCAACGAAGGACUGAGCAUCCACGACUUGCACAACUCCUUCACCUGGGACUUCACCGCCGCGAAAGGUGGUAGCGACGCCAACCCUUUCCUCGCUGCGGCUUCGUCGAAUACCACCACCACGACAAGCACUAGCGGAGGAUCUUCCCCACCAUCAAACAUCAGAUCAAUCAUGAUCGCCCACGGCGUCCUCGCCUGCCUCGUCUUCGUCAUCCUCCUCCCAGUCGGCGGUAUCCUCGUCCGACUGGCAACUUUCACCGGGUUCAUCAAAGGUCACAUCGCCAUCCAACUCCUCGCUUACGCGAUGUUCGUCGCGGCCGUCGGCAUGGGGGCCUACAUGUCUGACAUGUACGACGUGACGAAUACUCGCCAUCCCAUCAUCGGGAUCAUCGUCUUCAUUCUCAUCGUCUUCCAGCCAAUCUUUGGAUACCUGCAUCACAGACUUUGCAAGAAGACUGGAAGGAGGAAUGUCUGGUCUUUCGUUCAUCUUACGAUUGGGCGGGUGGCCAUCGUCCUGGGAAUCAUCAACGGUGGGCUGGGAUUGGCUCUGGCUGGGAAUGCCCCGAGGGGUGCGAUCAUUGCGUAUGGAGUGAUUGCUGGUAUCUUUGGUGUCACCUACCUUGCUGUUGCGGUCUUUGGUGAGGUUCAGAAGGCGAGGAGUGAGACCGUGAAGGUCGAGGAGGAGGUUGAUCGAGAGAAGGGCCAGCAAGGGUCGGGUUCGCUCGAUCAGAAUGUUUAG